UUGUGCUACAACACAACAUUUGUGCAUCGAAGAUCUCACUUAAUUUUUCUUAAAAAUUUGCGAAUGGGAAGGAAAUAACAUGUUUUGGUGCUUUGAAGGAAACCAGUUAUGGAAAAGCUGACGUGUAGAGGAUGGUGGUACGCACACAAAGAUAUAUUCCGUAUGCGUGCUGCACACACUCCCACCAUGGGCCGAGAUCACGAAGGAAGUCCUCCACCUCAUGUAAACACAUCACAAGAUUGAGACGGCACGUGACAUGGUGACACUCACAGCACCCUUUACCAUUAAAAUAAUCCAAAAGGGGGUAGCUUUUAUUCGUCAACGUCUCUUCUCGCUGCACUGAUAAGAUUCCAACGCCAUGUCUGGGAACACGGAAGAGCAGCCAUUGUUGCCGGACUCCUUUCAGGCAGAAGAGGAGCUGCAAGAAACUGCCUACGAAUCCUCCGAGAAGAUCGUGGUCGUGGGAAUCGACGAGUCCGAUAGCGAGGACAAUUGGGGGAGAGUGCCUCCUUUCUCAUGGAAGAAGCUAUGGCUCUUUACUGGGCCGGGCUUUCUCAUGAGCAUAGCGUUUCUGGACCCGGGCAACCUCGAGGGGGACCUUCAGGCCGGAGCUAUUGCCGGCUACUCCCUGCUGUGGCUUUUGAUGUGGGCAACGGCCAUGGGCCUCUUGAUCCAGCUCCUCUCUGCCCGCCUCGGCGUCGCCACCGGGAAGCACCUCGCUGAACUCUGCAGGGAAGAGUACCCUGCGUGGGCCCGGAUAGUGCUUUGGAUCAUGGCCGAACUCGCUCUUAUUGGCUCUGAUAUUCAGGAAGUUAUUGGAAGCGCUAUUGCCAUCAGGAUUCUCAGUCGUGGGGUUGUGCCCCUUUGGGCGGGAGUCGUCAUCACUGCUCUUGAUUGUUUUAUUUUUCUCUUUCUAGAGAACUAUGGUGUGAGGACACUAGAAGCUCUUUUUGCUGUUCUCAUUGGUGUGAUGGCAAUCUCGUUCGCGUGGAUGUUUGGUGAAGCAAAGCCCAGUGGCAAGGAACUGCUUCUUGGCGUUUUGAUUCCAAAACUCAGCUCCAGAACUAUACAACAGGCUGUUGGAGUUGUGGGGUGCCUUAUUAUGCCGCACAAUGUGUUCUUGCACUCUGCUCUCGUUCAGUCAAGGCAGGUUGACCGCAGCAAGAAAGGCCGGGUUCAAGAAGCUCUUAAUUAUUACUCUAUAGAGUCCACCCUUGCCCUUGUUGUCUCCUUUAUCAUAAAUAUAUUUGUGACAACAGUGUUCGCCAAGGGUUUUUAUGGUUCUGAACUUGCAAACAGCAUUGGUCUUGCAAAUGCAGGACAGUAUCUUGAGGAGACAUAUGGGGGUGGACUUUUUCCAAUUUUAUACAUAUGGGGUAUUGGGUUAUUAGCAGCAGGUCAAAGUAGCACUAUUACUGGUACUUAUGCUGGACAAUUCAUCAUGGGAGGUUUUCUAAAUUUGAGAUUAAAGAAGUGGAUGAGGGCAUUGAUUACUCGAAGUUGUGCAAUAAUCCCAACCAUGAUAGUUGCUCUUUUAUUUGACACCUCCGAGGGAUCGUUAGAUGUUCUGAAUGAGUGGCUCAAUGUUCUUCAGUCAGUUCAAAUCCCCUUUGCACUUAUUCCCUUGCUUUAUCUGGUAUCAAAGGAGCAGAUAAUGGGCACUUUCAGAAUUGGCUAUGUUCUCAAGAUUACAUCAUGGCUUGUGGCUGCUCUGGUGAUAGUGAUUAAUGGCUAUCUUUUGAUGGAAUUCUUUUCCUCCGAAGUUAACGGUCCCUUGUUUGGCGCUGUAGUGGGUGCAAUAACUGCUGCAUAUGUUGCAUUCUUACUAUACCUUAUAUGGAGGGCCAUUGCUUUACCUUGGCAAAGCAUAAUGCGACCAAAGACAAAUUGCUCAUUCAGAGAGUUAAGUGAUCAAUCUUUAAAUAUGCAGAAUAGGAAGUGUGGUCCAUUUUCUCGCCAUUGUUAUUAGUAUGACUAGUCGAUGCAUUGGGCAGUGGCACCUUACUGUUUGCCUGUAACUAUAAACUAUGGCAGAUGGCAGAGUAGAUUUUAGCACUGUGUAAUGUGUUACUGUCCAAUUUUGUUGUCAAAAUGCCUUGGAAGAACACUAAUUAGUUGAGGCAACCUUCGAAGCUUAAUGUGCAAGAAAUAAAAGUAGUUCUUUUCUUUUUC